AAAUAUGGCGCACUCCGAUCAGCAACGCCCGAGCACGGCUGCCUGCGGCAGCGGGGGCAACAACAACGGCAAUAGCUCCACCGGAAGAACUGCCACUAAACGUAAGGCUAAUAAAUCUGGUUCUGCAAAUUAUCUCGACCCCCAAAAGCUCGCGGCAACGAUUUCCUCUGUGACUUCUACCGCCUGUUCCUUUCUACGACAGAACGACCUUGUCCUUCUUCCUUCACAAACUCUGCUUCUGGAAUCCCUCCUUUCUUCCACAUCCCUCUCUCUCACCAGAUUACUCUCUCUCCUUCCCAAAUCCUCCGAUCCUCUUUCUCUGUCUCCGACUUCUCCAUUGCUGCCUCAACCACAAUGCUGGUUCCAUCGUUUUCUUUCUUCCGCUUCCGCCGACGAUUCCAUGUGGUUCGACGCCUUCCAUAUGUCGAGACUUUCGUUUACUCAUCUUCUUAAUCUUCUCUCCGCCUCUUUGGGCUCUGCGAUCUCUAAAAUUUCUCCCGAUUAUGCUUUAGCUGCCUCGCUGUUUCGCCUGGCUCAUGGAGCUAGUUACAAAGCAGUGGCGAGGCGGUUUGGGAUCGAAUCUUCUGUUGCAUGUCGGGCGUUUUAUGUUGUUUGUAAAGCAAUCAAUGAGAAUUUGGGGCAUCUGUUUGAGGCUCGGACUGCUUCGGAGAGGAUUUCUGUGGGUUUUGGAUGGAAAUCACUUCCAAAUUGUUUUGGGGUUUUGGGCUUGGCGAGAUUCAGGAUUGAGGGUGAGCUAUUGGGUAAAAAUGGUUGCCUGAUGUUUCAAGCAUUGGUGGAUUACGAAGGGAAGUUCCUGGAUGUGUCGGCUGGCUGGCCGAGUACCAUGAAACCCGAAUCCAUUUUGUAUCAGAGCAAGCUGUAUUCAGGGGUAGAGGAAUCCCCGGAAUUGUUACAGGGACCUUCGUAUAAGCUUAGCGAUGGUUCUUUGAUCCCACCGUAUAUUUUGGGAGAUUCUUGCUUUCCUCUUUUGCCAUGGCUUUUAACGCCUUACAACAGACUGAAUGAAGAAGAUAGUUUUAGCUCAGUAGAAAGGGCCUUCAAUUCUGCUCAUGAUCAGGCGAUGGGUUCGGUAGGAUCUGCAUUUGGGAGACUGCUAGCUAGGUGGCAGCUUCUAUCAAAGCAAUGGAAAGAAGAGUGUGUUGAGUAUUUGCCGUUUGUAAUUGUUACUGGCUGUUUACUGCACAAUUUUCUGAUUAAGCGUGGCGAGUCGGCGGCAGAAGAAUUUGUAGAACAUAUAAACGAAGAGGGUCUUCCUGUUUAUGAAGGAGUGGUGGAUGAAGGUGCACUGAGGAUAAGAGAUGCACUUGCUUUGCACAUGAGUCGAGUAAACAUUGAAAGAUGAAUGACAUAGCUAUGGAAUCAGAGGAACGGAUAAGUAAGUACUUGAGAUGCUGCCCUCUGGAAAUCAGUUUUGGUCAAGGUCCCAUUUAUUUUCCCAUAGCUGAACAAGGCCAAAGAGAAGG